GUUUGCAGCCACAGUGGAGAUGGCGACGACUUCUGGCCGAGCCACAGCAAUGAGGCGAGACGGCAGCGUACGCAUACGCGUUGUGUCCAUCUUGUGACAGGGCCACUCCUGGUCUACGCACAGAGGCGUACAGCCUACGUCAUGGAUGGCCGACUUGUAUAGCUUCACGCCCCCGCGCGUCUUCAAUAGCUUCGUUUCCUGCUUUUGCCCUUUCAGUGGAGACUUGGCCGCUAAGCUCACGCUUGCUCCAGACGCCUCUCCUACACUACCAUCCUCCUGCAACAGCCCAUCGCGCGUCCAUACGGUUGACCAGAGUCCUGUGCCGUCGCACGCUGCGACGCAAACACAGAAAUGGAGCCACCGCAGCAGCAACAGCAUGCCCCUGGAGGGCAUUACUCGGGCCACAACCCCAUUCCCACUGUCAAGCAAUUCGUCGAGAACCUGGACAAAGACAAGAGGAGUCGCGACCAGAGAAUUGAGGAGCAAGCUGCCCGCAAGCAAGAGCUGGCGCACGAGCAGGCCACAUCCGGCACUGUGGCUGAGGCUGAGGACGAACAACAACCAGAUCGAAAGCUAAAGGGCACCGAGAAGAGAGUUACAGAUCCCACCACAGGCAGGGAGGUUGUGAUUUCCGACGUCAACAAAGACAUGAUGAAGGAGGUGGAGAAUCCCCAUAUUGUUGUUCCCAACGCCAACCUGGAUAAGCAAACGCCUAUCAAGACGGAUCCCUUGCAGUCGCUUGAGGACUACAAGCAAAGCCAGGAUGUGACGGCACCGCCAGACCCAGUCGCCGAAGGCACUACAACCGAUGUCCCCAUUCAUGGAGAAAAAACAAACGUGCUAUUCCAUCCUACGCCCUCUGUCAGCUAUGAGCCCAUGUUCAAAGCCCUCGAGACUCGCGCCAACAUGUUGUGCGCAGGUAUAUUCUUUGCAACCGUUGUAGUCGGCAGGAUAUUCGGUGGUGCGCUCAUCGGCCUUGUGCCCUUGGGCAUGUGUUUGGCAUCCGGCGUCUACUUGUGGGUGAAGGAAGUAAUCCGCAGUGGAAGAGAAGCCGAAUGGCAUAGCGAGCAAGUCCGUGGUCAAAUGGCCACCCUCAACUUGCUACCAGAGUCUGUCGAAUGGAUGAACACGUUCCUCGGUAUCGCUUGGGGCCUCAUUAACCCGGAUAUGUUUUCGGGUGUCGCCGAUAUGCUGGAAGAUGUCAUGCAAGCAUCGGUACCAGGAAUUAUUGAAAACGUCCGCGUCGCGGAAAUUAACCAAGGUAGCAACCCGUUGCGUAUCCUUAGCUUACGAGCACUGCCGGACUCGCACAUGGGCGAUAUGAAGGCAUCGAUCCACGAAGAAAACAAGAAGACGAAAGACCCUCAGGAAGCAGCUGCAGACGAGGAGGGCGGUGAUUACUACAACUUGGAAGUUUCCUUCGCAUACCAUGCUAGUCCCAGCGGCAAGCGAGUUGCGGACAGGGCCCGCAACAUGCACAUGCAGCUGGUCUUCUACUUGGGUGUCAGGGGACUCUUUGGUGUUCCUCUACCCAUCUUCGUCGAAUUGCAGGGCCUCGUUGGUACUGUGCGCUUGCGCCUGAACAUGACUCCUGAGCCUCCUUUCCUCAAAACCUUGACCUUCACCCUGAUGGGCACACCACAAGUGACCGCCGGCUGCAUACCUAUGGUAGAGAAGGGAGUCAACAUACUAAAUCUUCCGUUGAUCAGCAACUUUGUUAAUUACGCCAUCAAAGCAGCAGCAAGCAUGUACGUUGCACCGAAAUCCAUGUCGAUUGAUAUGCGCGCCAUUCUUCAGGGCGACUCAGUCCAAAAGGAUACAGAAGCUCUCGGUGUCUUGUGGAUCCGUAUUCACCGCGCUAUCGGUCUGAGCAAACAAGAUCGUCGCGGGUCAAAGCACGGUGGCAGCGAUCCUUACAUUACGAUUGCCUUUUCGAAAUAUGGAAAACCAAUGUACUGCACCCGGGUAAUCACAGACGACCUCAACCCCAUUUGGGAAGAAACAGCGGCAAUUCUCGUUGGUCCUGAACUGAUCAAGGCAAACGAAAACCUGAGCGUUGAGCUCUGGGACUCGGACAGACAUACCGCUGACGACAUCGUCGGAAAGGUUGAGAUAUCGAUGCAGAAGAUGAUUCAACACCCCGGGAAAAUGUAUCCACAAACCUCCAAGUUGGCCGGUAUGGAGCCGGACAGCGACAUGCCUGGAGAACUCCACUGGGAAAUUGGCUAUUUCAGCAAGCCAAAGUUCAGGAAAGAAAUGCGAACUGAUGGUAAAAACAAGGCUCUUCCUGAUGAGCUGAAGAACGACCCAGCGCUGCAAGACGACAAAGGUGUUAUCAACUCGGAAGCCGACGAUGCCGUUAUGCAUACACCUCCAGAUCCUCUGUGGCCCAGCGGUAUCUGUAGCGUGGUGGUACAGCAAAUUGUCAAUCUCGAACUGGAGAACGUCAAGGGCAGUGCCGAUCCCAAAGGCCGCGAGUACGAGCCCGCAAAGCCUUAUGGCGAAGGCAAAAAGGAGACUGGUGGGGAUCUUCCAAACAGCUAUUGCACAAUAUUGUUCAAUGACGAACUUGUUUACCGGACACGUACCAAAGCGGUCACCUCUCAGCCAAUAUUCAACGCCGGAACUGAGCGAUUUGUGCGCGACUGGCGAUCGGCUAUUGUUACUGUCACUGUGCGAGACCAGCGGAAUCGAGAACAUGACCCCAUCUUGGGCGUCGUUCCUUUGAAGCUAUCAGAUGUCCUUGAGACAUCUUCCCAGGUUACACGGUGGUACCCGCUCGACGGUGGUAUCGGCUUUGGCCGUAUACGUAUUGCCCUUCUGUUUCGCAGUAUCGAAACUCGCCUGCCCCCUCAGAUGCUCGGUUGGGAUGUUGGCACUUUUGAGUUCCGAUGUCAGCGCAUCCUAGCUGUGGGCUACCCUCAUCAGCCUAAGCUUCGUAUGCGGACAGGUGGCAGCACUGGCAAAAUCAGCCGAACUGCUGCCCGUAAGCUCGAAGAGGAUGAUGGAUUCUACUGGGAUCUGGAAGAGAAUGGUGCAAAGAACAAGGUCCGGCUGCCGGUGAAACAUCGUUACAGAUCUCCCGUUGUCUUUGAAUUCCACGUUGCCAACCACCGCAAGCCGGACGCAUAUGCUGUCGUCUGGCUUCAACAUUUCGUCGACAAUGAAGAUGCCGACAUCAACAUUCCAAUUUGGAAGACAGCUGCCCCCGCUAGGCUUACACAAAACUACAUCACCGAAGAAAAUUGCCAUAAGGAACCAGGUCUUGAGGACCUCGAAGAAGUUGGUCGUCUGCAGUUCCGUGCCCGGUUCAAGGCUGGCAUGGACAGGUCUCAUGCUGCUUUUGUGUCUGACAAUGAUUCGCGUGAGACAUAUGAGACCUGGGAAUCUUGUGUUACCGAAGGCGUACGAGGCCACAUUGUCGAGAAGGAGAUACCAGACCGCGUUCAGGAACUGCAUGAACAAUCACUGACUGCGGGCCGCGAUAUACUCAAGAAUGCGAGUGAAGAGGAGAAGCGCAAGUGGCUCGCGAAAGAUGGACAAGAUUGGUCUGGGGCAUUUGGUGAUAAUCCAAAGGCAUACAUGAACACCAGGCGGCAGAAGAGACGUGAGCCUGGUGUUGAGGAACCACUACACGAUCGUCACCAUCCAUCGGACAACGAAGAGAAUGAUGACUCUGACGAUGAUUACGGCGAGGAUCCAUCUUCAUCUGAUAUUGGUGUGGAAGAUGCUGAUACCGUCGGCAACGCGGCUGCAUUCAGCGGUGGACCUGGUGGCGGUGAUCAGAGCAAAACAAACGGCAAACUCAAGUCACAGAAGACGGACCUGUCGCCCACAGAAGACCACCAGUCUCGCCAGUCGCAAUCAACAGCCCGAACGAGCAGUACCGUCGAAACAGACGAUUCAAUGUCGAGCAAGGACCACAACAAACAAAACAAACGAGCAGAGGAGCGAAAACACCGGGGAAUGAUGCAAUGGAAGCCGGCUCGUAAUGUCAAGUUUGCAAAAGACGAGGCUAAGAUUGGGCUUUCCAAGCUAAAGAAGAAGGUCACUGGAGGAUUGGACGGCAGACAACCUGGUGUUGAGACUGAAACUGGAUGAACAUGAGAUACUUUGCCAUGUUAUGGCCACGGAUUCAAAAGUUCAGCUGUCCAUUCUUCAGACUGGGCUGUAAUUGUUCACAUGGCGAUUUUCCACCUGGGGCAGGCGCAUGGAGUUGGUGAAAACCAGAGAGCAUAUUCUUCAUAUCAUGCAGACUUACAGUACUUAGUUUCGC